AUUUGAGUAGCCAAGCCAGAGGGCUUUAUUAAACAACCAGCUUGCCAGGCUCCCUUGGUUUUUGGGUUUGGGGUUGGGUUUUUUUCUGAUUUUGACUUCUCUUAUAGUGUAUCUUGUAGAAAACAAUUGAAUCUUUUAAUUUUAGGGGCUAGUGUGUGGUAUACUGAUGUUUCACUAACAGUGUUAAAAUAAUGGCAUAAAGGAAUAUGAGUUGUAAGUCUUCAACUAUUCAUCUUGAAAAUCUCAGCAGUCUGAUGCAUCUCUCACUCGGUUUUGUAGUAGUAUAAGGGCCUUGAAGUAGUUGUCCACUCCAUGCUUUAGUGACAAUGACAAAUAUUGGAGAAAAAGUUGUGUGCCUGGUUGCUUAUCACAUAUUUUUCAUGCUGUUCGUCUGGUCGUAUUGGAAAACAAUCUUUACGCUACCAAUGAAUCCUUCAAAAGAAUUUCAUCUAUCAUAUUCAGACAAGGAAUCCCUAGAGAGGGAACCUAGAGGUGAAUCCCAGCAAGAAGUCUUAAGACGGGCAGCCAAGGAUCUUCCUAUCUAUACACGGACAAUGUCUGGAGCAAUCAGAUACUGUGACAGAUGCCAUCUUGUAAAACCAGAUCGUUGUCAUCACUGUUCUGUAUGCGACAAAUGCAUUUUGAAAAUGGAUCAUCACUGCCCUUGGGUGAACAACUGUGUAGGAUUCUCCAAUUACAAAUUUUUUCUUCUCUUCUUGGCUUACUCGCUAGUGUAUUGCCUUUUCAUUGCUGCAACAGAUUUACAGUACUUUAUCAAGUUUUGGACAAAUGGCCUUCCUGAUACUCAAGCCAAGUUCCACAUCAUGUUUUUAUUCUUUGCUGCAGCUAUGUUUUCUGUCAGUUUGUCUUCUCUUUUUGGGUAUCACUGUUGGCUUGUCAGCAAGAAUAAAUCCACAUUAGAGGUAUUCAGAGCUCCCAUAUUUCGUCAUAGAACAGACAAGAAUGGCUUUAGCUUGGGCUUCAGCAAAAACCUAAGGCAGGUGUUUGGUGAUGAGAAGAAAUAUUGGUUGCUGCCUGUGUUUUCAAGUUUAGGGGAUGGUUGCUCCUUCCCAACUUGCCUUGUUAAUCAGGAUCCUGAGCAAGCUUCCACACCUGGUGGUCUUAAUUCAACAUCCAAAAAUGAGAACCAUCUGUUUCCUGCAAAGCCACUGCGUGAUUCCCAGAGCCACCUACUUACGGAUACACCUUCUUGGUCAGAAACUAGUGUAAAGGCUGAAAAGGGCAAAAUUGGUAUGAACAAUCCUGCAUUAACCAUGGAAAAUGAAACCUAAUUUCUCUUAAAAGAAACAUCUGACUAUGUAAGAAAAAGUUUAAGAACAAGCUGUCAUUGGAAGGAAGAUGGAUUCUUCCAAAUUCAGCCCUGUUGGUCAGCUAUUCCUGUCUGCUCCUGUAUGGAUGUGCUCAGAAAACAAACCAACAGAUGAUUAACUGUCUCCAUGUCACUGCUUGAAAUACAAAACUAGACAUACUACUUCUGAACCAGACAAAGAAUUUUUCAGUUUAAAAUUACUGUGUUUGAAUGGUGAAGGAUGAUUGAAUAUUAGGAAAUGAAAAAAAUAGGAGGCUGAGUUUACAAAUGGCUGGUUUUACUUUGAUAUUCAGCACAAGAAAAAUGUGACCUUGUUACACAUCAGUCCAUGUUCUUGCCUUGGUUUCACCUUUUAAUUCAAAUUGUUGUAAGUAGUUGACUUUAAAAUCAAAAUUUUGCACUACUGCCCUUAUGAAUCCCUUAUGAAUUGGGAGAACAUCCAGUGUUGAUUAUGAAUAAUUUAGUGGCUUGGUGGACUGUAUUUUCUUUUGAGUGUUUGAUAAGCAGUUUUUGAAGAUAAGAAGACCCAAGUGAAAUGUCUAUUUUUGGAACAUUUUUUUGGAAACCAUUGUUGCAAAAGCUCCGUUUCCCCUCAGAUCUGCACUACCAAUAGUUUGAAAAGUUACAGAGGGGAAAAAAAUUCUUUGUUAAUUGAAUGCUACAGUGGGUCACUGCUCAAUGCUGUGAUAAAAAGCCUGUAUUCAGAUGGGUAAUACAUAAAUGAAACUGGCCAGCUGGGGAUUUUGAUGGGAGCUGCACAGGAUAGUGCUAUGAAAUGGGAAUUUUAUUGUCCCAUUUGGAGCUCUUAACUGCUUUGGGAAGUGAAUGUUGGCACUGAACUUUAAUCCAAAAGGCUUUAUACCAACCUGUGUUCCUGAGGGCCUCUGUCUUUCAAGCUCCUAGUUUCUUAUUAUCAAUAUUUGUGUCAGAUUUCUUUUUUCUUGUUCUUCAAGACACUGCCUUUCUUACUGUAUAAUUUAAUGAAUAUCAUGUACAAUCAAGGAGACUUAUCACAAUGACUUCUGAUAUUUGCAUUUACAGGACAACAGACUUUUGAUUGCAAUACCAAAAAGCCAAGCUGCUGCAAGUAGGAAAUCCCCUUCAAUAAAGUUAGGAGCUAGCAGCUUUCUUAGCAUCAGAGGUUACUGGCCAGGUAAUAAAAGACACAUUAUCAGUUUUCAAAAUCAAGGAAGUUUCAGCAACACAAAUCUAACUGUCUUGUGCCUUUUGUAUACACUACAUUUAUAGUAUCAGUGUUUACAUUUAAAUGCAAAUUGUUAUUCUGAAAACAACUUUAGGAGAAAUUUAGUUAUGCUUUCUAGGUGGCUAGAUAAAAGGACUAUUCAAAAAAAAGUGAAAACCUCUCAGACUAAGCUCAGCUCAGUUGAAACAGAAAAGUGCUUCUGUUGUCAAACCUGAGUCUCUUAGCAGGUUGGUUCACAGUGUAAAGAUGCCAGUUGUUUGUUUAGAAAACUGGCAGCAGGACUAAGUGACAUAAUUCUGAAAGCAAAGAAUACUAUCAUUAACUCUUCUACAGGCAGGUAACUUAAAAUUUUUCUUUCUUGGGUUUACAACUGAAGUGAUAGCUGGUGGAGCACAAAUGUGGCUUUUUGUUUCUAUUGAGGAAAAAUGUAUUUAUUUUACUUUUUUUUUUUAAUCUCAAAAUUUUACCAGCCUGAAAACAUCUGUUUCUUGCCAGAAGUGCCAGACUGUGGAUCCCUUGAUGUAGAACACUUUUUCUGAACUAGCAUGAAGGUAGCAUACAGUUUACAUGAUGCCUGCAGAGGUCUAGCAACCAAAAGAUUUUUUGCAGCUAUUUAUUCAGUAUUGUUCUGUCAGCUUACCUCGUAUUUAUGUUUGUUUAAAGGUGAACUUGUUAAGGGAUAAGGGGGAAGAGGGAAAAUAUAUUUUUUAACACUUCAGGUUCUCUAUAUCUGUAGAGUCUUGUUUUUUACGCAGUUAGUCACAGGGUGGUUUGUCAUGGAGCAUGCAUU